AUGGCAAUCUCUAAUGACUCAAACACAAACGGGACUAAGCCGGAAUUAACGAGUCAUCCAGUUUGGAAACGAUGGGUUCGAUUCAGAGGGAAAGAUGGUCGAAUUUACGGCGGUGAACCUGUUAACGUGGAUAUCGAUGUGGGCCAAGCCUUGGAAAAGAACUUUGAGGUGGCUGUCAAAGUCGUCUCUGGGGGCUCAGCAUUGGAUUAUGACGCUUCAUUCACUGGUGAAGUCCAGGUCAUCGAGCAGCUUCUAUCACCAGUGUCACAAAAGGAAGCUGGAACUGUUCGAUGCGUUGGCCUCAAUUACAAAGAACAUGCAGCCGAAAUGAAAAUGACUCUUCCCAAAACACCAACGUUUGUCUACCAAUCCUUCAAGGCAAACUAUUUGCUGACGUUCCAAAGUGUUUUUCUCAAGGCAGAGACUUGCAUCGCUUCUGCAGCUGAUCCGAUCAUAUUGCCACCCAACGUAGCUUAUGAUGAAGCAGAUUAUGAGGUUGAGCUAGCUGUGAUCAUCGGGAGACAAUGCAAGAAUGUUCUAGUGUCAGAAGCAUCAAACUACAUUCUCGGAUACUCUGUUGCAAAUGAUGUGACCGCGCGAAAGCAUCAGGAUCAGACCUCACAAUGGUCUUAUGCAAAGGGCAUGGACGGCUUCUGUCCGUUAGGACCAUGUAUUGUUUCCGCUGAACAGAUCCCCAAUGCUGCCAUUCUGAACCUGAAGACCUGUCUCAAUGGCAAGAUUAUGCAGAACGGAUCUGCCGAUGACAUGAUAUUCAGUAUACCUGAAAUUGUAUCGUAUCUAUCUCAGGGUCACACGCUAUUACCCGGAACGGUUAUCAUUACAGGAACACCUUGUGGAAUCGGCAUCUCGCAGAAGCCCCCAAGAUUCCUCCAGCCUGGGGAUGAACUUCGGGUGAGUAUAAGCCAGGGCUUAGGCACUCAGAUCUGCCCAAUUUCACGAGAAUAA